CACAACUUCCAAGCGCUGCGUCAACUCCAACGCCGACGCUUUGGCUUCAAUUGGGUGGCUUGGCGGCGUUCUUCUACCGCUUUUCGUACAUAGCCGACGGCAAUUUGCAGCACACUUUCCGCUCAGUCGUGUACGUAACGUCGUCGAGUUGUAAACGUAAGCGGUGAAACGAAGACUUUUUAUUUGGACCACUAGAAGCAGCAGCAGCAGCACCGACAGCAACGUUCCAUUGAAAGCAAAAAACUGCUGGCUAUAUUACACUUAAAACAGAAAGACACCAAAUAAAUCCGAAAACUUGACAAACACAUACGCACUUUCUUCACAACGCAUUAACAAGGUGCGUGUGCGUAUAGAGAGAGAGCGAGAGCGAUAGAAAUAGUGAGCGAGCGUGAGUGAGCAUUACGCGUGUGUUAAUGUGUAUGUGUUAGUUGCGGUUGUUGCGCCUCUAAAAGUUGACAACGCGAACAAUUAAAAAAAUAUAAAUUAUUGAAACAAGUAAACGCGCGCGUGUUUAUUUAAUUUGUAUUUUGAUCAUUGGGUUCGACAACAAUAAAAGCAUUUCCCUAUGAUUGGCUCAUUCUGGAAUCUGUGCAGAGCGUGCCCAUCAAUGCCGGUAGACAAGCAGCUCCAUUCUGAGUAUAGGAGCACUUAUCGUUGGCAUGAAUUUACGGGCAAUUCGAGGCCGGAGGUUGUGCGCCGGGCGCCAGCUCCAAAUCCAAGUCAAUUUGUUGGUCCAACAAAUGAGCCGCCAUUGCCACGUCGGAAAAAAUGCCCUGAAUUAGCAUAUAAAUCGCACGAGUUUAUUAUAGGAUCCGAAUAUACAGAUGCACGUCGAGAUGCCAGUGCGCACCGUUCAGCGAGGUCGGAGGAGCGUGGCACACCUUCGCGCCGCAGCAAAUCGGAAGGUCCACCAGUUGUGCCCAAUGGCCGCGCCUAUCCCAUUGCAACGGAGAUCGAUGGAGCUACAACUAAACAGGCGGCUAAACUGCAUGAGCUGGAGCCUUUGGUUAGCGAUACGGAUGAUAGAAAAACACACGAGAAACAAGUGAAUUUUGUGGAGCGCAAGAUUGCAACGCGCCCGUUUUCGCAAACAAUUGAUCAGGAGCGUCUAAAUCACUUCAUUACGAAAAGGGAGAACUUUGGCUUUGCCGAUGCCCCUGCAGCUGUCAAAGAGGACAGCAAACAGGGCCAGUUGGUGGUCAUGAAUGGCAGUGCACCGCCGGAUUCGAAAGCGAAUUUGGAUUUGUGGUUCAAGGAUAUGGUCGAGCUGCGUAAGAAGGCCGGCGAAUAUAAGUGUCGCGGCUGGGGCAUAGAGAUCGAUCCCGAGCUGUAUAAGAAGCAACGCGAUCUCUGGGAUCAGGUUUCCAAACGCAGCUCACUAUCAGCACUGUCCUUAGCAUCCACUGUGCACAGACCUAUCACCAAGGAGGAGAAGGAUCAGGAGAAUAAUAAAAAGUCAACGCCAUUGCAAAAGCCGACACAGCCACAAAAGCCACGAGUUCCUGGCCAAGCCUAUUUGAUUGAUAAUAAGGAUGAAAUUUCAGCACUGCCAGCACGUUUUAACAAUAUACGCCAUCACUUGGAGCGCACUACGGGUCCGGCAGAUGUUGAGGAAGGAGCCUUGCUGCCUUCGCCCACGCGGGAGAAGCUGAUGCCAGCUAUGACCAAACGUGAGUCAGAGUCUCAACGUGGCAGUCCCAAGAAAACUACUCUCUCACGUCACGGCUCGCCGCAGAAGGGCAGCCCUCAAAAGGGCAGCCCCAAGAAGGUCCUCAAAACACGCUCCCAAUCUGUGGGUCCAGGCGCGGUCCACGUUGAGAAUGAGUCACCCAAGCGUCAGAUACGCUCGGCGAGUCAGGCGCCGACAAACCGUAAAAAGGUACCGACUGCAUCGGCUGGAACUGAACGUAAGCCACGCCCAUCUACCCUAUCCACAACAUUCCAAUCCCGCAUUAAAAGUAGUUCCCUACCACCGCCUAACGGUAAAGUAGCCGCAGCGCCAACAGCAGCAACCGCAGCAGCAGCAGCAGCAACAACAUCAACAUCAACAGCCCGUACAGCAGCCACAGCCCAUGCUAAUCAUGCUAAUCAAUCACAUAUAUCACAAUGCAAGAGCUACAACAAGAGCAACAACAAGAAGCCAGCAGCCAAACAGCAACUGCAACAGCAACAACAGCAACAACUGCAAAUGCGUAAGAAAGACAAAGAUAGAUCGAAUAUUAGUUGCAUUAGUCAAGUUGGUGCUGGUAGCGAGAUUAGUGCAAAUAGUGCGAAGCAUCAGCAAAACAAACAGAGACAGCAACAGCUACAACAACAGUUACAACAUCAACAGCAGCCAGAACAAGUUGGCGCGCCAACAACAACAACAACAACAGAAGCAGCAACAGCAAUGGCACCCGCCCGACCUGUCACCAUCAACAUCAAACGGCUAACGGUACCAGGUCAGGAUAGAAAAUUGGCUGAAAACGAUGCCGAAGAUGGUCGAGAGACUGCUAUUUCAAUUUCUAGCUGCAGUCCACAGCCAGUGCCCGAGGUGCCCGAUGAGCCCUUGGUUAAAUCGCCGCCGGAGCCCACACGGGUUAAGUCGCCAGAGCAGAUUAUAAUGCGCUCUCCCGAUCCAGUCAACUGGACGGUGCCCUUGGACACCGGCAAGACAUUUACCGUCACACAAAAUGUCAAAGAGGGCGAAAACUAUAGCCGACCUCAGAGCGAGAUAAAAGCGUCAACACCGGUGGAAAAGCCACCACCGCCACCACAAUCGGCACCGCCACAACUAACCGAACAGGCUAAAAUGGACGCCUGGAAGUCGAUCGGCAGCCCCACAGCGAGCAGCUCGUCUGGCGCUGUCUACGGCAAAACACUGACGCCCACCACCCAGCCGGGCGGGGCGGUACGCUGCGAUGUCAGCAGCAAGCCGGAACCGGCUCUUUCAUCUUCUUCAUCGACAGCGACUGCCUCGACGGCCCGUUCUGCUGCCGUCGAUGUCCUGGAGAAGGCACGUGACCGUUUCGAUCGUUUCUGGGGCGGCAGCAGCAGCACCAGCAGCGCCAACAAGGAGGAAAGUGUCUAAGGAUCCAAAACGUGGAUCGUAAGUGCUUCAAGUGCAAAAUGUAUUUGGCAUAAGAGUGAAAAAGCAAUUAGCUAAAUUCAAUAAAAGUUUUUGACACGUAAUGUCCGCCUCAAGCAUGCAAAAGCCAAGCCACAUACUCUAAUCUCCCGCAAAUUCCGCGCUGCGAAAACUAUCGAUAGUGCCUCAAAUCGAUAACUGCGAAAGUCGAUAGAUAGUUUGAUAUAUGUUCAGUUCCUUAUAUGUAAUACCCCUAUUAUAUAUAUUUGAAAUGCUCUACUUUCAUUACUUAUAGUUUCUCUUACUUUAAUUAGAAACGUUGUCACGAUCUUACACAUAAAAGCUGUAACACAGUGCGAUAGAUAAUUAUCGGUAAAGAGAGCCAAAAGCGUGGUGACUCGUCGAUAGUUUUGCAGCAAUAAACUUAAAACUGUUUCGGCUUUAAAUAUCCGUGCACUUGGAAAGUUACCAGUAAAUUAGAAUGAAACUCCAUCAAGUCUUCAUGGGAGGCAUACUAGGAUUUCAUCUGAAUUUAAAUUACCUAUUAAUAUUAGUCAGGGAAAUCCGUCUAAUAAAUAUAAUUUAAAGUCCUACACGUGCAUUAUUCCCCUAAAGAUAUAUAAAACACUUACUUUCACUGCCUAUGAUCCCCCAAAUGAAAUAACAGGAAUUUUGCGAGCACCCAAAACACAAGCUGGAACAAAAAUAAAAAGAAUUUUCAAAAACAUAAGAAUCGAAUUAUAAUAGCAUUAAAGCAAGGACAACAUCACCGCAGAGACCCGUCCAACAAAAAGAAAAAUGAUGAACAACAUUAUGAACAAACGUGUUUUAGGUAAAAACGAAAACCUCAAAUUUUUUGUAACUUUCAUUAAGUCGAAAACAACACAGGUAAAUCCAAUCGCAAAAUACUUAUGCUGAGUAUAUUGGGUAAUGCAUAUAGGGUGAACUAAAGUGAUCCGGCAACUAGAACACAAACUUGAAAAAAUAGAUUUUGCACAUGAGCUACAAAUACAACAAAAAAGUAAAUGAUAUAAAUGAUAUUUUAAGUACACUUUUUGGCAAUGAUGGUUAUAACACACACACACACACACACAAAGGUACUGUACUACACAAAAAAAGCGAAAUGUUUACCGUUUGCGGUAUUGCGAGAAACUGUGAAAAUAAUUUUGCGACAUACAUUUCAAAUACUUACAUACAUAUAUGGCAUUAUGUAACAAAAA